GAGAACAGCCUUUUAAACAUAGCCACACUGCAUUUCUUUGAUCACUGUGUGGCGCUCAGUUAAGCCGGUUGAAUUCACGCAGCCAAAAGUGGUUAUAGCAUUUCUUGGGGUUUGCACAGAGAUACCUGCAUUAAUCCAAAUGACCAUACCAAUCUGUCACCACACCUUCAAUAAGCUUUCACUCGGCUACAGGUCUCGCACCAACAACAACGAUUUCGAGGGAGUGGAACCAUAAGAUUUAGUCAGGCCAACUACCGUAGGACAGCAGAACGAACAGCGAACCACAACACCAUGGCAAGAUUAUCACGGCCCCCGCCAUCUUCAUCCUCUCGGUCCCGGAAAACAAUCUUCUCAUCGUCCUCCGAAUCGGAGCCCGAAUCCAACAACGACUCCAGCUCCGACUCUGACUUUCCAGAUAUCGCAGCCUUUCCAUCAAGUCCCAAAAGGAAAAGAAAAGUUUCGCCACCUUUGCAGGCGACUAAGAAGAGACCGACCCCUCCCACGGAUACGGUUUCUACUGGUAGUAACCAGACGGUCAUCGAAUCAGCAACAUCGCCAAAUGCGGCUUCUUCAUCAGUAGCUGGCGUCAAGAGGCGGAAGCUGCUUUUGGGUGCGGUGUCGGAUAAUGUCCUUUUUCGGAAGUGGACGCCAGCGCAAGAGGAGGAGGGUGGGGUGCCAGCUAGGAAGAAGAGGAGGGGUCUAACCGCUGGUACAGGAUUCGGGCUGGAGUUGGGGAUGAUGCGCGAUGAAGAGAAGGACGGCAGCGACUCCGAGGCUGAGAAUCUGGUUGUGAAUCGAAAGAAGGUAAAAGGGGUGAAGAGGGUAAGCGAGAGCACCGUUACUGCUAAGACGGUGGGGAUGACGACCAAAAGUCUUUUCAGCGACCAGAAUCUGUCAAAGAAACACUGCGAAGGCAAGGAAUCGAUGAGAACCAAGAAUAAGGAGGAAAAGCGAUCGGCAAGUCUUGUUCAACCACCAAAACAAAGCACCAGCCAAAGCAAGGACAUGAUGGAAAUCGACCAGGAGCAGGAUAUGGACAUCUUUGAAGAUUUGGAAGAUUUUGCUGAGGAGUCGUUCCACACCGCGCAAUCUAAGGAGUCUUCCGAGUCGAAUGAAGUUGGGUCGGAAACCACGGUUGAGAAGGCGCCGAAUACUAACACGACAACAAAUUCCAAAGACGACGAUUCAGAUGAGGACCUGGAUGCAUUCUUCUCAAAGUUGAGCAACAAGCCCAAGAUUCCCGCAGUCAGAGAGAGUCACCUUUCUCCGACGAAGCCUCGGUCAACGAAGAACUCGAGAGGCAAGCGGAUGGAUACGAGCUGGGAAACCCAAAGCCGGACUUUGUUCGAUGUUGAUGAGAGUGACGGAAGCCAAAGAAGAGCAGCGAAGCAGGUAGUUUCCAGCGAUGAGGACACCUGUGGUGAAGAGGAUGUCACGCAAGAUUUCUCCUGUCUCCAGCUGGAAUCCUCCUCCUCCUCCUCUUCCGACGCCGAAAGCUCAUCAGAAACCGAAACCGAACGACGAUCUCGUCCACCAGCUGCCACCACCACCACAACCAAGAAGCGCACUCAAACACCCAGUCCUCCUCCCAAGAUCCCCAAACUCAAAGCAAAGCCAUCAUCAACACCAUUACCACCACCCUCCCCUUCCAAGAAACUCCCACGCAUCCCCACCACCCCCCACCGCCCCUCUUCCGACCUCUUUUGGUCUCGCGAAUUCGUCGACGACUGGAACGACACGCACUCCCCCACCAAGAAGGAACCACUCUUUCCAUCAACCAAACCCCCCGCCUCGGACGCUACCUCUACUAGAGGGGGUACUUCCAUCACCUCCCCCAAGAAGAAGAAGAAGAAGAACCCACCAGCGGCCCCUCCCAGUCCUUCAAAAGCCUCCACCACCGCCCUCCUGGCCCGCGAAUCCCGUCUUGCGCGGCAAGCUUUCGACACGCACAAACACUCCCUCGCCACAUCUUUUCUCUCCCUUCUCGACGCCCGCCUGACUUCCUCCCGCUUAUCGGCUCUUACGGCCUCAACAGGCGGCAUCAAGCUCGUAUGGAGCAAGACGCUCAACACCACGGCUGGCAGGGCGAAUUGGAAGAAGGAGAGUAUCACCACCAAUACCCGUCUCCCUUCUUUUUCGGGUGCGAAGCAAGAAGGGGGGAAGGAAGUGGUGGUGAAACACCACGCCUCCAUCGAGUUAGCUACCAAGGUCCUGUCCACGCCCGAGAGACUAUUCAAUACGCUUGCGCACGAGUUCUGUCAUUUGGCGGUGUUCAUGAUUGAUGGGGUGACUGCGAGACCGCAUGGGGCGGAGUUCAAAGCUUGGGCGAAGAAGGUUAAUGAGUCGGAGUUUGGUGCUGGUGGUGGGGGGAGGAAUCGUGGUGUCGGAAAGAUGAAUAUUCGAGAUCAAAGAGGAGAGGGUGAUGGUGGUGUGGAAUGGGAAGGCGGGUAUGCGGUCGAAGUCACGACGAAACAUGGGUACGAGAUUGAGUUUAGACAUCGGUGUGGGUUGUGCAAGGGAGUUUUGAGGCAGGUUAAGCCUGCGCCGAGGGGUCAAGGUCAACGACAACAACAGCAACAAGGAGGAGGAGGAGGAGGAGGUGGUGGUCACGUCUCUGAUAUGGCUGGUGUCGAUGGGGUUGGGACACAAAAAGGAAUGGGGAUGAAGGAGAAGGGGAAGACGUCGGAGUAUCAAGUCUUUGUCAAAGAGCAGAUGAAGGUGGUGAAAGCUCAGAAGCCUGGACUGACGUUUGGGGAGGUGAUGAAGGAGGUUGCGGAACGGUGGAAGGUUGAGAAGGCGAGGAGGGAGAAGAACAACAAGAAGGAAACCCCGCUGGCGGAAACGAAAGGGAAGCUUUCUACAGUUGUAGAGGAGGUUGCCGCUGACGAAGAUGGCGAUGGCGAGGAUAUUCCGGAUGUGUUCGACGACGAGCCGAUGAUGGACGUGGUUGAUUUGACUGCGGAUGAUUGA